UUGAAAAGUCCUUGGUGCGCGGCUGCCACCCGGCUGCCUGUGUUCUGCGCCGCCUGCCUCGGGCGCUCUGGCCCAGGCGAAAGGAAGCGUGUCUUCUGGAAUGGGCUUGCGGGCCACUCGUGCACAGCCUGUGGACGGGAGUGAGGCGGUGAGGUCGACGGUGUGGUCGUACCUCGCGGGUGGCAGGCGGGCCCCCUGAGAUGUUGCCCGCCUUGUGGCCCCAGGUCAUUCCCACUCCGCUGAAGAGGAAACGUUUAGGCGAGCGUAUUUACCUAGCUUAGAAGAGACAUACAGGUUUGGCAAAAUGUGUACUACCUCAGUUUCCCUCAAAGGGGAAGAAAACUCUUUUUAGAGGCAUUAUCUGAGAGGUAGGAGGCUAAUUGCUUCUCUGGAACUGUGGCUUGAGGAACACCUGCAUGCCAAUUACCUGCCGUAUUUAAGAGUCAGAAUCUGCCACCCGUCUCCACAAUUGGUGAAUGCACUGCUGGCCCUGAGCUCAGAGCUUUGAUACAGUCUCAAGUUAACUUGGCACUAUGGGGAUACAUGGAUUACUGCAGUUUAUCAAAGAAGCGUCUGAACCCAUCCACGUGAGGAAGUAUAAAGGACAGGUAGUAGCUGUGGAUACAUAUUGCUGGCUUCACAAAGGAGCUAUUGCUUGUGCUGAGAAACUAGCCAAAGGUGAACCUACUGAUAAGUAUGUAGGAUUUUGUAUGAAAUUUGUAAAUAUGUUACUCUCUCAUGGGAUCAAGCCUAUUCUCGUAUUUGAUGGAUGUACUUUACCUUCCAAAAAGGAAGUGGAAAAGUCUAGAAGAGAAAGACGACAGGCCAAUCUUCUUAAGGGAAAGCAGCUUCUUCGUGAGGGCAAAGUCUCAGAAGCCAGAGAAUGUUUUACCCGUUCUAUCAAUAUCACACAUGUGAUGGCCCACAAAGUCAUUAAAGCUGCUCGGUCCCAGGGAGUAGAUUGUCUCGUGGCUCCAUACGAAGCAGAUGCACAGUUGGCCUAUCUUAACAAAACGGGUAUUGUACAAGCUAUAAUCACAGAGGACUCUGACCUUCUUGCUUUUGGCUGUAAAAAGGUGAUUUUAAAAAUGGACCAGUUUGGAAAUGGACUAGAGAUUGACCAGGUACGGCUGGGCAUGUGCAGACAGCUUGGGGACGUGUUCACAGAGGAGAAGUUCCGCUAUAUGUGCAUUCUCUCGGGCUGCGACUACCUCUCCUCGCUGCGUGGGAUCGGCUUAGCAAAGGCUUGCAAAGUGCUAAGACUGGCCAAUAAUCCAGACAUCGUGAAGGUUAUCAAGAAAAUCGGACACUAUCUUAAGAUGAACAUAACAGUACCAGAAGAUUACAUCAAAGGAUUUAUUCGAGCCAACAAUACCUUCCUUUAUCAGCUAGUUUUUGAUCCCAUCAAAAGGAAACUCAUCCCUCUGAAUGCUUACGAAGAUGACAUUGAUCCUGAAACACUAAGCUACGCUGGGCAGUAUUUUGAUGAUUCCAUAGCUCUUCAAAUAGCCCUUGGAAAUAAAGAUAUAAACACUUUUGAACAGAUUGAUGACUACAAUCCAGACACUGCUACGCCUGCCCAAUCAAGAAGUCAGAGUUGGAAUGACAAAACAUGUCAGAAGUCAUCUAAUGUUAAUAGCAUUUGGCAUAGGAAUUAUUGCCCUAGACUUGAGCUGGAUGUUGUUUCAAAUGCUACAAGAUUGAAGGAAAAUCCAAGUACUGUGGGCAUUGAACAAGUGAUCAGUAUUAAAGGGUUAAAUCUUCCAAGGAAGUCAUCCAUUGUGAAAAGACCAAGAAAUGAAGAGCUGUCAGAAGAUGACCUGUUGAGUCAGUAUUCCCUUGCAUUUACAAAGAAGACCAAGAGAAAUGACUGUGAAGGUCCUAAAUCCUUGAACUCCUCUGAAAUGCUCAUGCCUGACGUGGCGGGUGGAAGUACUGUUAGAAAAAAUGGGAGCGCAACACUUACGAGGAGAAAUAAAUUUGCAACGUUUUUACAGAGGAAAAAUGAAGACAGCGGUGCAGUUGUGGUACCAGGGACCAGAAGCAGGUUUUUUUGCAGUGCUCUGGAUUCUAACGACUGUGUAUCAGGGGAAGCAAGCAGCCAGCCCCUAGAGGAAGGUGCUGUCACGCAGAAAGAGACCAGUCUAAGUGAGUCAGAUUGCAUAGAUGGCCAGAAGCCGGCUGGGUCGGACGUAGCUCGUAGCUCAGGUGAUCUGACUUUAGGUGAUGGAGCCGUGAUGACUGACAGUGAGUCUCAGUCUUCUGAGACCAGUAGGUUCACCAGGACCAUUUCACCACCCACUCUGGGCACACUCAGAAAUUGUUUUAGUUGGUCUGGGAGUCUUGGAGACUUUUCAGGAACUCCAAGCCCUUCGCCAAGCUCUUCUCCACACACAGCGUUGCAGCAGUUCCGGAGACGGACUGACCCCCCUGCGGCCCCGCCUGGCUGGAGGGAAGUGUCCCAUGUGUCUCAGUUAAAGAGCGAUGGGUCAGGUGAUGAAGCGCCUCCCUUACAGCCAGCAGGGUGCUCUCCACAGUCUCAGGAAAGCGCAGAAUUAUCGCCACACAAUUUGAAUGCAUCAAAACUUUCUCAGCCUUCUAGUAAGGAUUCGGAUUCAGAGGAAUCUGACUACAAUAUGAAGUCACUUGAUAAUCAAGGUAAUCCGAAAUCCAAGCUACGUUUAUCUCAGUUUUUGAAAAAAGACACACUUCUAAGAAACAAGGUUCCUGGGCUGUAUAAAUCUAAUUCUGUGGACAAUCUUUCUACAACCAAGAUCAAGCCUCUAGUUCCUGCCCGAGUCAGUGGGCUCAGCAAGAAGCCAUCGAGCAUCCAGAAGAGGAAUCAUCAUAAUGCUGAGAACAGGCCAGGAUUGCAGAUAAAAAUCAAUGAGCUCUGGAAAAAUUUUGGAUUUAAAAAAGAUUCUGAAAAGCUGCCUUCUUGUAAGAAGCCGGAUCCCCUGUCGCCAGUCAAAGAUAACAUCCAACUAACUCCAGAAGCAGAAGAGGAUAUAUUUAACAAAUCUGAAUGCCUGCGUGUUCAGAGAGCAAUAUUCCAAUAAAUGCAGACAGCUGGGAGGCUAUUGCCUGCAAGAGAAUAUCAAUUUGAAGUGCUGUUUGAGAAUGCAUCAAUUACCAGACUGAAAGAUUUAUUCAUAGACAUAUGCCAUUUUUUAAAUAGCGUACAUUUUGUAUAUUAACUAUGUAAUUAUUUCUUUUGUUCAGCUUUUUAUAUUUUCAUAAGCUAAGUAGAGAAAUCAUUUUAUUUUUGACAGUUUUUGGAAGUUUUGAUGGUUUGGGGCAAGUCCCCUGGAAUUGAUAAAAACCUACU